AUGGAUAAAUUAUUUAAUCUAAAAUGUUUCUCAUUAGAAUCGUUCUAUCGAUUUCAACAAUAUGAUAAAAUUGUAUCACUUCUUCGUCGUAUGUCAUAUCUGGAAAAAUUAACUUUAUAUCUUCCUAUAAAAGAUCGAAAUAGAGUCAUUGAUGGUACUUAUGUUCAACGUGAUAUUUUGGAUUAUAUGUCACUACUUCAUUCAUUCACUUUCUAUAUUUGUACUUAUGUGGAAACGGUUGAUUUAUCCUACAAGUUAACUAGUGAAGAUAUUCAACAAACAUUAACAGGUAUUGGACAACAACAUGCCAUUAAUGGUCUUAUGACAUUUUCAUCUGAUAAUUGUCAAUUACACUCAAUUAUUGAAUACCCCCAUCUGACUAUACUUGAUUUGGAAAAUGCAGAUAAAGAUUAUGUUGAACAAUUUCUAAAUGAAACAAAGGCAUACGUACCUUGUCUGACGAAACUUGGAGUCUUUGUUCAUGAUUUAAAAGUUGUAACAAAAGACUUUACAAGAGAAGAAACACGACGCAAUUGUGCUAAGGUGAAACAAAUACUUACUCUAGGAUCAUUGGUACAUUCAGAAGAUUUUUGUCUUUAUUUUCCUUCGUUGUAUAAAUAG